AUGGCUGGUAUGCAUUAUCGGGCCGGGAAACAGCUGGCAAUGCAGUUGAAGAAGCUGUUGCGAAAUGAAGUCUGUGUCGUGCUUUUCGUUCAAGCUUUGUUCCUUGUUGCCGUUCUUAUGGCCGACACGACGUUGACGGUGCUCGAAAUUCAAAAUGAAAUCGUGACCACGGAGAAAACCAGUUGCCUGGAUGAGGGUUUGUCCAAAGUACAACCGUCAUGUGCUGUCAUUCAAACCCAUGAGUUGUCCUGUCUGUGGGUGUGUCCUGUCUUGUUCGGGUCUACACGAGCUGUGUGGCCAGCUAUUGACCCAAAAGCUAUGAAAAUUGCUGGGGUUCCGUCCAGGAGUGGAAUAUUCGCCUUAGAACUUGUUGAUGUGAUGAAGGAUGAGCCUUUGCCGUAUGGAUCCAACUCACCUGCGGGGUUCAAUGUUUUGUUGGAUAUAAAUGGAACGAGUUCUGAUCAGAACCGACUGCAGUGCCUUCUGUGGAGAAAUGAUUCUUGGAACGACACCUUGUGCAUGAGAACAGGGUUCAAGAAAACUGUAGAGGGAGGCAAAAGGAGGAUUCAGUGCACCUGUUUUGCGAGUGGUUACGUCGGGGUCUUCGAGUACAACGAUGCAAGGUACAAAUUGACGAAAGACGGAAAAAUAUCUCUUCGACGUCAGUGCAGUGCGCUGCAACAGAAUAACUCUUCUACGACGAAUUCCUCCGUAAUUCGAGUGCAGAUCAGCUUGGACGUGGAUCUUACCGAAAUUUCGAAAAGCAUCGGCUUGAAUGCCACCGCGGCUUUCAUCAAGCAUCAACUCAGUCGUUCUUUGUGCCAAGAGAAGCACUUCCUGUCGUUGCAGCGGAGGAAACGGGCCGCGAGACGAGGUGGGGAAAGGGGUAAGAAUAGAACCACGAUCUCAGCAGACAACGGGAACAAUGGACUCGGAAGAAAAUCGAAAGUUCCCUCGGGUGUCGCGGGUUCAAGUAGCUCGAGGAAGAAACGCGCCGCUUCUGGAAAUGUAACUGCUGCGUCUGCAUCUGAUCAUGUGACUGUGAUUGAGUUCCUCGUCACGUCGGAGUUCCAACAGCAAGUUCUUCAGGACAUCAUCAUGAGUGGAGCAUUGGUGAUCGUGACGCCAGAUGGCACCACUUUGACUGUGCCAAAGCAGAACAUCACCAUGUUGCCAGUGGUUGUUGCGAGUACUGAUCCGAAGCUGGUCUACGUGAUCAUGGGAUCUCUAAUUGGGGCAGUCGUCGGAGGAGUGACAAUUUUUCUAGUCGUUGCUGUUGCGGUGAAAUACGGAAAGAAACAGCCAAUCAGCAAAGGAUUGCCUCUUGGGGAACCAAUUGAAGCUCCUCCAAUGUACAGAACGCUGCAGAACGGAGAUGGAAUCUGCAAGGUUUACGAUCCAGCGGGUUUGCAAACUAAUCUUUCAAGAAAAACUCCAGGGAGUGGAACUGACAACCGUGGGUUCAUGUGGUCUUAAAAUACCAAGAAUGUAUUUUCUGUACAAACUAUUUUAUGUGGCUUUAAUAUUGCGGGCAUCAAGAAAAUCGCUGAAAUGCUCCUUUGUGUGCCGUUAGUGUCGUUGACAUCUAAUAGCUUUGUUCAGUCGCUGAAUCUGAUGACACCAGUGCUUAAUUUAUUCAGCAUUUUGCUUUAUAUACGAUUUAAAUUUUGCUGACUUCAAGUUUUUUUUAAGGGAAAGAAACCCCAAAUGAAGGAAAGGGAUGAUUUCGUUUAUAUGAGUAAAACAUAUCCAUUGUGAUUAUUUUGUGAGCACAUUUGCGUUUUCAGAGAAUUCGGGAUCUGUGAAUGUGGUCAGACGUGUCGUCAGUAUGCUGAAAAUGAAAGCUGAUCUUAGAAAAAAAAAAGCAAACCGUGAAAGUUGAAAUCACAAGAAGCACAAGUUAUUGUAGUGUAUUCUUCCCAUGAGCUCAACCACUUCAAAGCUGACCAUAGAUUUCCCAAUUGUAGGCAGUAAUUCAAGGAAUCAUUAGCCCGCACCACCACAAUUAUCUGCACAAGCCGGACAGCCAAAAAAAUGCUUAAAAGCAAUCUGGAAUGGAUCAAGUGUUCUUUGUCGCUCUCAAGUCUUAGACCUCAACCAAAACGAGUAAAGAUCAUUGAAAGAUAACGUUUCGUCUCCCGAAAUCAAGCAUUUCUUGACUUGCAAGAUUUCCGAAAACCCAAGUGAAAAAUGUACAGUAUGAUUCUAGCUGAA